GCGUUCCGAGGCUUCAUUGGUGCAAAACAAGCAGAAUUACCACAAUAUUUAAGCAUGUCGCAAGCUACAAUGUCAUUUAUUUGCUGACGAGAACGUGUAGAUUUGUGAAUCUACGUCGACAAGCCAUUUUGUCCGUAAUCCGAACGGCGUUAGCGGCAGCGACGAUGGCGUGCAAUUCCGCUAUGGCGACUAGCAACUGUUCGGAACAGUCGAUGCAAACGCGUAAGCAAGCCGUUCGAUUACGAGUUAGUGUGAGGCCACACGCUAAUGUGCUGCCGUGAAAAACUUCCUACGUUCCUCCUCAUCGUAUGCGGCAUCGAAGUUACCAUCUCUGAACGGCACACUCCAUGAUCGAGACGCCAGCAGUUGUUCCGAAGUCGCCGACGUUCUCGUAGGGCGCUGGCGGCCGCUUCACCUGGGGAGCCGGGCCGCUUAUGAUCGGGCAUCAACAGCUUCCUGCGGUUUGCUAACCGCUACUCGUGGCUGAGGAUCGCCUCCGCCUGCUGGCAAAUGUGAACGCAUCAUGUUGUGUCCGUCGGAGCCGGCAGCGGAGAACGGCAUCUCCGUGUGCGUCGCGGCUCCUUCAGCUGCGCCCGCCCCAGUUGUAGUACAGGAUUUCAGCGGUGGUCCUGACGGUGGCGUGAAACCAGAAAACACCGGACCGAAUGGAACAGUCGCAAGUGGCAACGGGAGCGGCUGUUGUACUCCCGUCGUCCCCGCAAGCACUGCGGCCAACUCCGCUUCCGUCGACGCUGACGGAGGCGGCGAUCCCAAGCUAAAGGCGCUGUGCGUCGCACAACGCGGAGCCGAGCUCACGGCGGACUCGUACUCGAGUACGGACUCGGGAGGCACGGCGGUGGUAGCACCACGCUACUGCAACGAUCCCUACUGCCAACUGAAGGAAGAUGGGACAUCAGUGGUGGUUGCCGUGGUGCCUACACAGGCGGACGGCGGCGUCAGGUCGUGGAAGUGCGAGGUUUGUUGCAAGCAGUUUGCGCAAAAACACCACCUGCAGACACACUUGCUCUGCCACUCUGGUGUGAAGAGGUUCGAGUGCCAAGUGUGCCACAAGGCAUUCAAGCAGCAAGCACACCUGAACACGCACCUCCUCAUCCACGAAGGUCGGCGACCGCAUAGGUGCCCGCACUGUGACCACAGCUUCCUGCAGGUGACCCACCUGAAGAGACACCUGGUGACUCAUGGUGGCAGCUGCCUGCCCUGCGCUAUCUGUGGCCGACGCUUUGCAUUUCCAAGUGACCUCUCUGCGCAUGUUGCCAAGCAUCACCCCCCGCCUCUGCUGCGCACAAGCACAGGUGCUCCUGCACCGCCAGCACACAGACUCCAGUGCGAGGUGUGUGAGCGGCUAUUCCAGUAUCCCAGUCAGCUGCGAGACCACAUGUUGGUGCACACACAGGUGCGCCGCUUUGCAUGCCCAGAAUGUGGCAUGCGCUUUAUGAAAGAGCACCACCUCCGCAAUCACCUUGUCACCCACAGCCCCGUGAAACCAUUCCCGUGCCCUGUCUGUGGCAGGGCCUUCUCCCUCAAGGCCAACAUGGAGAGGCACGUCCUCAUACACGAGGCCCAGCGCAGGUUUGGUUGUGAACGCUGUGGCAAGCGUUUCUCGCAACCCCAGACACUCAAGAUGCAUCUGGUGUCGCACGCCGAUGUGAAGCCAUACUCAUGCAGUGUCUGUGGCAAGGGCCUGGCACGAGCGCACAACCUGCGCGCCCACAUGGCCAUUCAUCAGACAAGUAAGCCCCACCGCUGUCCCGAUUGCAGUAGCACGUUUACGCUUCGUGGGAACCUAGUGCGGCACCUCAAGGAGAAGCAUGGUCCAGCCGUUAUCCCUGCUGGAUCUGUGGAGGUAGUGAUUACACCGCAAAGCCCCAACCGCAAUGCGGCCAAGCGCAGAAAGAACACGCCAAAGCGGCUCAAAAAGUGUGGCGAAGGUUCCGGUGAAGAGGACGGUGACAACGAGGAAGAAGGAGAAGAGGAGGAUGGUGAAACAGAGGGAGAACAAGCAGAGACAGACGGAGUAGAGGCAGGCCGGGACCGGUUCCAGGACCUCUCUGGGCACAAGUAUCAGGGGUUGCCAGGGUCACCAGAAACUGCACGCAGUGUUGAAGUCCUUCAGGCCACUGUGUACUACCCUGCCCCCAUUGUAACACAAGAGGUGCCGUUGUCCGAACACAAGCCGUUCUCACUACAUGCGCUCCAGCCAGCGCCAGUGUUUGCAUCACCUGGCAGCUUCUAUGGGGAACUCCCAACAGCAACACCUGCUGCAGUCGGUUCUGAGGAAGUCGGUGCUCGAUUGCAGGCAUUGCAUGCGGCCAUUGAUGACCUGGCGGGCAAGUUGGGCCCUGAUCACGACAAAGUGACGGCCUUGCAUGCGGCAUUGGAUCAGCUUGUGCCUCCAUCACAGCAGCCGAGCUCUGCUGCGCCUUGAGAAAUGGCACGGAUCUGCCAACUUUGCAAACUAUAGCAGAGUCCGUAUACUUUUUUUUCUUUGUUUCUUUUUUUUUUAGUUUUAAUGUGCGACAUUUAAGAAACCAGUACCUUAGACAAAUUUGCAUCUGAUGCACACCUGUCAGACACUGCGUACGCAGAUGCUUGAUCCCAAAGUAAUGUAGUUUUAUUAGGGCUGAUUCUUGUUAAAGCGCAUUUAGUUCCUCGUGGAGUGGCUGUAGAGCGAACUGCUUGUGAUGUGGCACUGCUGGCAGCACCACUGACUGCUGCUUUCAAAGGAACAAUGUGCGACAGGGUAAAUAAGUUUGGCCCUUUCUUUUUUCAGCUUUGGCUUGUGAAGAGAUUGUGUGCCGAUUCUUCUCAGGCAAUGCCAAGUGUAAAUGAAAAGAACCUUGCAGAUUACUUUUCCUGUGCCUGCAAGUGAGUGGACCCGAUUAUGUGUGACCUGAGUGACUCCUGCCAGAAUGUGACGUGACUGAAGGAAAGAACUAGAAAAUAUGAAUCUUUCUAGUGUUAGUUGAAAUGAGUGUUUGUGCAUUUGGGGAGAGCAACUAUGCUUUGUGUAGUACACGUAUUUAUGAAAUACAGAUGGUCAGCAUACACUGUG